ACUGCUUCUACCUCCUCCUUGUCCGCCUCCUGGCAAGGGGCUGAAGCUGCCCUGGCCCCCUUGGUGCAGGGGGUGCGGAGAAGAAGACGGGCUCUGGGAGGCUAUGGGGGACGUUCCCUUCGGGUUGGCUGCCUAGGCGAGACCUCCCUUUCUCCUCAAAAGGGUUGUGAUUUCCAGCCCCUUUCUGGCUACGCUCCCACAUGCCUGUAGAUUUCUAGCGAUUAAAAUCCUGCCGAGAGACGCCGAGGGCCACCUGGAUUUCGUGGGGACACCUAGGAUCUACAACGGGGGGAAGUAGAAAGCCCAGACGAGUAAAAAGGAGUGUCAGCGUUGCUGAACCGACAGGGCUACGCUUGCGAAGAAAAUCCUUUUUAGGAAUUGGUCUGCUUUAAACAACUUGCAUUUGCACGUCUCCAUUGGUCAUCAUGGGGGAGCAACCCAUCUACAGCACCCGAGCUCAUGUCUUCCAGAUUGAUCCUAACACAAAGAAGAACUGGGUUCCCACCAGCAAGCAUGCUGUUACUGUAUCCUACUUCUAUGACAGCACAAGAAAUGUCUAUAGGAUAAUUAGCUUGGAUGGCUCAAAGGCAAUAAUAAAUAGUACCAUCACGCCCAACAUGACAUUCACAAAAACAUCACAGAAGUUUGGCCAGUGGGCAGAUAGCAGAGCAAAUACUGUGUAUGGCUUGGGAUUUUCCUCUGAACAUCAUCUUUCAAAAUUUGCAGAAAAAUUUCAGGAAUUUAAAGAAGCUGCAAGACUAGCUAAGGAAAAAUCCCAAGAAAAGAUGGAAUUAACAAGUACACCCUCACAGGAAUCUGCAGGAGGUGAUAUUCAGUCCCCUCUUACGCCUGAGAGCAUUAAUGGGACAGAUGAUGAAAGAACAACUCCAGAAGUGACCCAAAACUCAGAACCAAGGGCUGAACCCACCCAGAAUGCUUUGCCAUUUGCUCAUAGUUCAGCAAUCAGCAAGCACUGGGAGGCAGAACUCGCUACACUCAAGGGUAAUAAUGCCAAGCUUACAGCAGCUCUGCUCGAGUCCACUGCCAAUGUGAAACAAUGGAAACAACAGCUUGCGGCAUAUCAGGAGGAAGCAGAACGUCUACAUAAGCGGGUGACUGAGCUGGAGUGUGUUAGUAGUCAAGCAAAUGCAGUCCACACUCAUAAAACAGAAUUAAACCAGACAAUACAAGAAUUAGAAGCAACACUGAAGAAAAAGGAGGAGGAAAUAGAAAAAUUGAGACAAGAAAUUGAUAAUGCCCGAGAGCUUCAGGCACAGAGGGACUCUUUAACUCAGAAGUUACAAGAAGUGGAAAUUCGAAACAAAGACCUAGAAGGACAGCUCUCUGAUCUCGAACAACGUCUGGAGAAAAGUCAGAAUGAACAAGAAGCUUUUCGCAAUAACUUGAAAACACUUUUAGAAAUUCUUGAUGGCAAAAUCUUUGAACUAACAGAACUGCGAGAUAACCUAGCCAAGCUAAUAGAAUGCAGCUAAAGCAAAUCGAAUCUCAGUGCCAAACAUCUUAAAGAUGCACUGUCUCUCUUUGUAGGACUUUGUUGGGCUCUGCAUCAAAGUUGCACAAAAUUAGGAAAAAAAAUGCUCCCCCAGGAGGGCCUAUUUUAAAAUUUUCAGCAGCAUAUUUCAGUGUAAAAUUUUAGAAUACAGCUUGUAGCUAGAUGAAAAAAAUAAAAUAACUUGAAUUACAAAUUACCUCCUUGUAUAUAAUUGGCCAUAGAUAACUCGAAAGAUAUUAACAGUAAUUGAAUGCAAUCCUUUUCUAAUUAUUAACCAGUGAAAGAAUGGGAAGUGCCCCAGAUGACAUCCCUUUUAGUGUUAGACACAAUGUAGAUCUGCUUUUUUCUUCUUUCCUUUUCCUUAAAGUACCUAAUUGCUGUGUUUUGUGCAAGAACUUUGUGAUGACAGCCCUUGUCUUUUGUUAUAAUAUUAAUAAUUUCUCAGGAUAUUUUGCACUGUUGCAAAACAGUGCAUUACCAAUUAAUUCUUGCCAGGAGUGAGAGAGAGUUGCAUCUUUAAUUCAAACCUAAUGAAUAACUGCUUGUAUAGAGUUCUUCCCUUUUUUAUACUGGAAGAUACUGUAUUUAUUUAUGACGUUCACUCUGGUGUUCUAUAAUAUUGUCCAGUGUAUGGUUUACUUUCCUCUGUUUUAAGUCCAUGUAUGUAGUUCUGUAUCCCAUUUUGUCAUACAUUUUGAAGCCAAUCAAUGAAGACAGGUGAGUCCAUGUAUUUUAAAAUUUGCUAUAUACAGAUAAGGAUCAAACUAGUCUUAUUAAAUAUCAUAUAGGCUAAACUUUUAUUGUUACUUUAAAUUUUUUUACUAUUUUCUUUAGCAGAAAAUCUCAUUGAUAAUUAUCAAUGCAGCUUACUAUAAUGGCUACAUAGUAUUGCCAGGACAUUUCCUUUAGCUUGAUCUUGCUCAACUUAAGAUAAUUUUUUAAAAUUCUGUAAUAAUCAUAAGAAAUUGAAAUAGAGAUUUUGUUUUCUUUGUUGGAUCUUCACACUUCAUCUUUAUCAAAACCACACCAGGCAAUAUUCUGAACUUCAAAACAGGAUUUGAAUUCAGUUAUCCUCAGUGAACAGGUUUUUAAGUUGUUUUGAUGUAAUUUACAAAGACUUUUGCCAAACAUGUAUUUCUUUAUAUACUAUUUUUAUUUUAAGGUAAAAAAAUUGAAAGGUAAGCCAAGUGUCACAUGUCUGCUAACUGAAUGGGAACUGCAUUAUGGGACAGUCUUGAUGUAAAUGGUCUAAUAUUGGAGAGGAUUUUUUUAAAAUGAAUGAAAAGGAAUCAGACACAAUGAUGCACUGACCUUUUCUUUAUAUCCAAUUAAUUUGAAUGACAAAUACAAAAUCCAGCUUAAAUAUUUAAAUCUGUAUAAUAGGCAAUUUUUUCCAUUUACGAACUGCUAUUCCAAACUAGGUAAUAUAAAUUGGGUUUUUAUGUGUGUACUGUAUGUAUAUACUGUAUAAUACAUGCAUUCUGAUUUGUAUUCAAAGGAGGAAGAACACAUACUUUAAUUUACAAAAUGCCAUGUUCUUUAACCAUAAUGUAUCAGGUUUUUUUCCCUGACAUGUCAGGAUUUCUUUUUAGCUAAGCAUUAAAUUACAUGUAUUAUACUGUAUAUACUGUACACACUAUUUAAGUUUCAUCCAUAUUUUAGGAUAUUUUAUUACAUAUUUUAUUUACUAUGGGGAAAAUAUUUGUUCAUUGCAUUCAUAGUUAAAAGCUUUCUAUGGUGAUUUUUUUAAAUUAAUAGCUAGAUGUUGACGAUGUGUAUCUUUAUCAGGUCUAGGACAGUAGUGAUUACCUGAUUUUAAUUGACCUGGAGAAGUUUGUACCUGAUUCUCUUGCUAUAUGAGUGUCAAUUGGGAACAUCUUUGGCAAAGUAUAAAAUUGGUGUAAUUAUAGGAGAAAUCAAGUAUGUUCAUGAUGGGUGUUCUUAAUUAUAACAAGUUGGAACAGAAAUUUGAUGGCAAAAAAUGUAACAUUAUUUUUAAUGAGAUCAAAAUUUUUAAUACAGUGACAUUUACAUGUGGGAAAAUAGUUUACAAAAUAUUUCCACUUAAAUGCUGUGUAUAUGUGUGGUACAAGAAUAUUUCUUUGUAUGCGUACACACACACAUGUAUAUACAGUACAUGAGAAAAUUUAAUUGUGCACAUUUUUAAUAUUUUCCUAUUGAAAUUAAAUUUAAAAAUUGGAAAUCAAUAUUUGAGAAUUUCUUUUCUCAUGUAUAUUAAGAUGCUUGACUUUGGGUUCUUUUGUUUGUAAAAAUAAAACCUAUGAGGGCUGCACUGUUGAAUUCCCCAAAAGUCAUCUAAUUUGUAUAUGGGAGAAGGUGGAUUUAAGUGCACAUAUAAAUAAAAUCCUAUUGUUAAGAAUAUUUUAACAUUAAUUUACAGUAAGUGAGUGUUCAGAAAUUGUACUAUAGAUAUUAUACUCAAAAGUUCUUAAUUUGGUGAUCGUGCCUACUUUAGCCUCUGCCCUUCUGUAUUAUUAAGAUAACAGUUGGCAUACUGGAAAAAGUAAUUUUCCCAAGGAGAGGUACUGCAUAUUGUAUCUAUCGUAAGAGAAACUGUGGGGAAUAUAUAUGCCAGAGAACAAUGUUGGGUACUGUAUACAACAAAAAACAAACAAGAACUUACACAGGAGAACAAUCACAUUGUGUAUAACUUGUUAUAUGACAGCUAUGAAAUCUUGUUAAAAAAUUCUUUUAAAACCCAACAAAAAUACAAUUUUUAUUUUGAAAUACAUAUGCUGUUCUGGAGAAUGUACUUUACUCAAAAAAAAUUCUUCUUUAACUCUUUUUAAUAUUACAAACUGUUCAAUGGAUGGCAGCAUUUACCUUAAUUCUUCAGGUGCUACUGGAUUUUGAAUCAGAGUGUCAUGUUGUGAAUUCUGACUUUGACAUAAAAAAGGUUUUAUAAGUAUA